AUGGCCUUGAAUCCUGCGAAUUGGAGGCCGCUGCCGUCCUUCCAGAAUGUCCCACCUCUGCUGGUCCGCCCGGUCUUCACCUUGCAGUCGUACAGUGUUCAUGUCACCGACUUGGCCAACCUCUGGGUGGAAGACCUAGACCGUAAAGGCAUUGGCAGGCGCAGCCUCAAUGAGGAUACAAGCAUUGAUCCGACAGAGGGCCCUGAUCAGAUGCGCAUGCUUCUGGCCAAGAUUCAAGCCGCAUUGGAUCCUUCAGCCCCAGACCAUGACCAGACGAGCAUCUCCAUCGCGGCAUUGCCCAAGGACGAUGACAUGCUCCUCGCCCUUACCAUCACGUGUCAACUGCCCGAUGGAUUGAAGCCUCUGGUGUGGACUUUUCAAAUGGCCAAAUGUCCCACCACUUCAGUUGCUCCCGAGCUUGUACUGCCUUUGAUGCAAAAACUACAAGUGAGGACUCAGCAAGUUGACGAGUUCGUCAACUUGCUGAAAAUCAAGGACGGAAUUAUUGAUAAGCUCAUUGAUAAACUCGACCAUGCAGGCAUGGGCCUAGAAAACGUCUGGAAUGUUCUCUCGAGCAAGCGGAACCCCUCUAGAGACUAUGCAGAGGCGAAAAUCACAGGUCUGGCGCCCUUUCAAGAAGCCACAUGGCGAGAUCCGGAUUCACCAAGUACGGAUGAGUUCGACAGCAUCCUGUCGCUCGCUACGAAUGCCCAUGUUGGGGCGGAAAACUCGAAAGACCCAGAGACUCGCCCGUCUGAUAUUCUUGGUGACUGGUGGGGGAGCUUAGGCACAAAACCUGUCAAGUCCCUCCCACGUACGACCCCAAGCAGCGGCAGCACCGUGAAAGCGGACGUGGCCCAUGAGAAAUCGAGGCUUGCUGCAGAUUCAGACACCGACACGGAUGACUUUCAGGUCCAAGCUACACCUCCUCAUCUAGCCUCCGCCCAGAAACGUAACACAGAGGCAGAUCUUGAUGCUACGACGGAUGACGACGGGGACGCCAUUCCGGACAGUCAUCCCGUCGUGACUCGACCGGCCAAGUCCAAAUUGGGUGGUAUCGGAAAAAGGCAGACUGCAGCUUCUCCUCCUGCAGCACGAUCUCCACGAAAAACUACUGUUGACGCAGAUGAUACUGCGUCAGAAUCCGAAGAGGAGCCGGCAAAAAUCUCCCACUCGACAGCAAAAGACUAG